UAUCAACCUGCAAAGAGGCUACAUCGUCUAAAGCAAUUUUCCAAAGGCUAGCUUAUUGCAUGGAACAUACGCCGCCAGACACAACAACUAGUGCAGGCAAAGACGGUGAAAGGAGCACCAGUUGAGCGAGCUUAUUCGGUUAGUGUUGUGUUGUUCCAAUAGCCAGCAGCAAGUGCUGCGACACUAUCGAGAGUGAAACUGCUUACUGCCUGUUUGUUAGUCGAAAGUAUGAACGCAUCGAAAUCCUUUACGUGGCACACGACGUUAUGCGGUGCGUUGGUUAUAUUCGGCCUGCUCGGAGGAUACCUGCUCCAGCUGGUGGGGUCACAGGAAACGGAACAGAAUCGGCCCUGGUACGAGACCCUACCGGCCGUGGCCAUGGACUAUAAAGUGCACAUCGAAGCAGGAAAGGAGGACUGCUACUACCAGUACGUGCAGCCGGGUAGCACUUUCUAUGUUAGCUUUCAGGUGAUUCGCGGCGGCGAUGGAAUGGCCGGAUUUGCGGUGCGGAAUCCGCGAGGUGAAAUCGUACACCCAUACCAGUGGCAGGCAUCCAGUGAUUACACAGAUGGUUCCUCGAUGGGAGGCUACUAUGCCGUCUGUAUAGACAAUCAGUUUGCAAAGUUCGCCAGCAAGAUGGUCAAUCUGUAUCUGACGGUCAUUCGAUACGACGAAUGGGAGAAGUACACGAAGGAAAUCGAAGAACUCAACGUCAACAUGAACAACUUUACGAACACGAUAUCAACCGUGGAACGCAACCUGAAUUCCAUGUUCCAGCACCAGGCGUACUCGCGCAACCAGGAAGCCCGCGAUUACGCGCUGAUUGUCGAUAACAAUUCCUACGUGCAGAAGUGGUCCCUGCUGCAGAUUGUGGUCAUCGUCUUGACGACGUCCGUUCAGGUGUACUUUGUUCGGAAGCUUUUCGACGUUAAAACCGGCAACAGUAAAAUGGGAAUUUAGGGCGUCAUCGCUCAGCGUAAUGAUGUCGAAGGUUGUGACGCUAGAGAGAACUUAUUCAUAUACCAUCAGCAUUCCAAGAUCGAGCGAAUGUGCACAAUUGAAAAUUGACGAACAAACGGAAGUCCAGUAUGUCUCGGAGUGACCGUGCGGAAGGUGCAGGAGGAGCGAUUUCGUUCAAAUUAAGUUUUGUUAUUUUGAGAUUUUCAACUGUAUUAAUUUAUUGUUAGUUCCAGUGUGGCCGCGUUCGCGCGUGUCACGAAUCGGUUUAUUGAACCACCCGGUCCUGUCUCGAUCAGUUCCAGUUUCAAAAUAGUUUUUAUUAAUCGUCCACUUUUGUGAGGUGGACGCCUAUUGAAUCGAAUAAAUAACGACUGAAAGUAAAAA